CUAAGGGCUUGCUUUCCGACUGUCUAGGCUAACGAUAAGCUCAAAUGGUUACUGUUGGCUGAUUACGACAGUAUGAAAUUUGCUAAAAUGCUAUACUGUACUACUGUUUUGAUGUUCGGAUGUAUUAUGUUGUCGUCUGCUUGCAAACUUACCAUUGCCGGUAAUAAAGGGAAACUGGUCAGUAAUCAAAGACUAGAACAGAGAAUCCUGAAAGUCGAGAAAACGCUGACAGAAACAAUUAAAAGUCAAGAGAAGAUUCUCAAAAAAAUUAUGAUGGCAAAGACAAAGACAGAUCCGCUUCCACUUGAUAUGUGUUUGGAAGAUGUGUCUAUGAGGAAAAUGACAGGUCAAAGUUCAAGUCAAAACUAUAGAAAAUACCCUCCCCGCAAUGGUGUUGACGGCAAUCUCUCUUCAAUGUUUCAUACGCGUUUGGAAAAGAAUCCAUAUUGGUGGGUAGACCUCGGAUCUUCCUUCUCAGUUCAUCAUGUUGAAAUUUGGAACAGAGGAGGAAGGUCGUACGGUAAUAGACUCCGUGAAUUGGAUGUUAUGGUUGGUCCAACUUUAAGUAAAAUGAAGUCAUGCGCUUAUCACAAAGGCCGGAUUGCUGCUGGGAAGCACCUUAUUCUGAAGUGCAGUAAAACUACAAAAGGACGGUAUGUCAAGCUGGGCUUAAGAGUCAAGGAUAUAUUAAGCCUAAUGGAAGUCAAAGUGUUUGCGUAUGGCACGACUUGUUUGAAUAAAACUUAAACAUUUAUUAUCUGAUAUCAAGUAUUAUGACACUUUUCUUGGUGCUACCAUUAUCUUAUUAAAGAUUAAAUCUGC